UGCCGGGAGAGCCCACGUGCCCGGAAGCGGCUGCGGUGACGUGAGGGCGCUGGGCCCGGGCCGGCUGCACCAUGGCGGACACGGCCUCGCAGGUGCUGCUGGGCUCCGGCCUCACCGUGCUCUCGCAGCCCCUCAUGUACGUCAAGGUGCUGGUGCAGGUGGGAUAUGAGCCUCUUCCUCCAACUCUGGGUAGGAACAUUUUUGGCCGACAAGUUUACCAGCUUCCAGGUCUCUUUGCUUAUGCUAAGCACAUUAUGAAGAUAGAUGGAAGAGCUGGACUCUUCAAAGGUUUGACCCCCAGACUCUGUUCAGGCGUUGUUGGCACUGUGGUGCACAGUAAAGUUUUGCAGCGAUAUCAAGAAGCUGAUCAGGCUGAGCCAGGGGCCAGCCAAAAGGAACCCACAUCCUCAUUGGAGCAGGUCAUUAAGGAGACCUCCCGAGAGAUGGUUGCUCGUUCUGCUGCAACACUUGUCACCCAUCCCUUCCACGUGAUCACCCUCAGAUGUAUGGUUCAGUUCAUUGGCCGAGAGACGAAGUACAGUGGAACAGGAAGCUCCUUCAUCACAAUCUAUCGGGAAGAGGGUAUCCUGGGAUUUUUUGCGGGCCUCAUUCCCCGGCUUCUGGGUGACAUAAUUUCCUUGUGGCUCUGUAACAUGCUGGCCUACCUCAUCAACACCUAUGCUCUGGAAAAUGGGGUAUCUACCAUGGCUGAGAUGAAGAGCUACUCGCAGGCUGUCACUGGAUUCUUUGCCAGUAUGCUGACAUACCCCUUCACGCUGGUCUCCAACCUGAUGGCCAUUAACAACUGCGGGCUGGCAGGGGGCCUCAUCCCUUAUGCACCCACCUACUCUUCCUGGCUGGACUGUUGGAACCAGCUUCGCAAGGAGGGUAACAUGAGCCGAGGGAACAGCCUAUUCUUCCGGAAGAUUCCUACAGGGAAGCAGUACGUGUGGGAGGAGAAGAGGUUUCGCUGAGGCAGAGCUAAAGCUGGUUUCGCUGAGGCCAGAGACGGAGGGGCUGUUGCCAGGCCCGGAUGCACAGAAUGAUGGGGGAGUGUUGAUUUCUAUACAGUUUUUUUUUAAAUCAUUUAAUCUUGGGAAAUGAA